GGAGUGGGUAAUUUCCGAGGUGCUCUUAAAGGCAGCAUCAGUCUCCUCGAUCCUGGGUGUGUGCGGUCAAUUCAGUCUGAGGGAGAAAACACCAGGAACACCAGGUCCCGUCUGUGCCUGUCAUCUGUCACGUCGUUUUGAAACUCUUACUCCCUUCUUCUCACCGGACAGACUGACAUGGGAAACCAUCCGAGCUAGUUCGCGAAGAGGACACAAAUUCAGGGAGGCUGUGCUAAAAAAAAAAAAAAAUCGCCAGGUUGAGCCUUCUUCAGUCACACAGUUCACCACCACCUGCCGACAAAAAGGACCCCGGAGCCACACAGUGGACAUGCAGACCUUCCUAAAAGGCCGGAGAGUCGGCUACUGGCUCAGCGAGAAGAAGAUGAAGAAGCUGAAUUUUCAGGCCUUUGCUGACUUGUGCAGGAAAAGAGGAAUAGAGGUUGUCCAGCUGGACCUCAGCCAGCCUCUGGAGGAGCAGGGACCCCUGGACGUCAUCAUCCACAAACUGACCGACCUCAUCCUGGAGGCGGACCAGAAUGAUUCCCAAGCUGUGCUGCUGGUGCAAAGAGUACAGGGAAAUCCAUCAGACGGGACUAAGGACUUUUUAAAAGACUACAUCGACGCUCACCCUGAGACCAUUGUCCUGGACCCCCUUCCAGCUAUCCGGACUCUGCUGGACCGCUGCAAGUCCUACCAGCUCAUCCACAGGAUAGAAAGCUGUAUGCAAGAUGAGAGGAUUUGCUCUCCUCCCUUCAUGGUCCUGAACACAGACUGCAGCCCUGAUGUGCUGGAGCAGAUCAGGAGGCAAGGACUCACAUUCCCCUUCAUUUGCAAAACACGAGUGGCUCAUGGAACCAACUCCCACGAGAUGGCCAUUAUCUUCAGCGAAGAGGACCUGAAGGACGUAAAGCCUCCCUGUGUGAUCCAGAGCUUCAUCAACCACAACGCAGUACUCUACAAGGUGUUUGUGGUGGGAGACUCGUACACCGUGGUGGAAAGACCCUCACUGAAGAACUUCCCUGCUGGACCUGCUGACAGGAAAGCCAUUUUUUUCAACAGCCACAAUGUUUCCAAACCUGAGUCGUCCUCAGACUUAACCACGAGAGAGAACUUGGAGGGAGUGUCCCAGCCACCCAGCGACGAUGUCAUCAGAGAGUUGUCCAGGUCACUGCGGGAGGCACUGGGCGUGUCCCUGUUUGGUAUUGACGUUAUCAUCAACAACCAAACAGGCCAACACGCUGUCAUCGAUGUCAAUGCAUUCCCUGGUUAUGAGGGCGUCCCAGAGUUUUUCAAUGACCUCCUGAACCACAUCACCAGCGUCCUCCAGAGCCACAACCCAGACUUCGCCCCCUCCAGCGAGCAGCCCAAAGCGCUGCCGGUAAACACCACGGUACCCAACGCUGCCCCUCCGGCCCCAGGCUGCUGCAGCAUGCUGGGAAAAGAGGCCAGUGGCAGCCCAUGGAUAGUAGAGGGAGAUGGAGGCCUGAAGGGCCAGCGUCAGAGACUGGGGCUGCAACUCGGCCAUGUCCCCCAACUUCCAGCAGCACUGUGCACUGUCCACAAUAGCUACCAAGGCUUCCUCCCAGUGACUGACUCCCCCUACCCCUCCUACUCCGUUUGACCUGAACAAACAAAACGGAUGACAAUGGUGACAAUAAUAAUGAAUAAUAAUCAUAAUAAUUAUGAUGUUAAUGAUUAUAAUAUAUCUAAUCAAAAAGCAAACCUUUUUCCUAUAUAGUUAUUGAAAAUGGUGGUGAUUGGGUGUACGCUUUUUUCUCUCUGCCUUUUUGUAUUAUUGGUUUAGUCUAAUGAGACUUAACAGUACUGUAAUGUGAACUUUUGGGAACUUUGCCUAAUAGCUGAUUUUAUUUUUCUCUCUUAUGUGAGUUCUUUGUGAUUAAAGGGUCCAGAUGAGGUAGCCAAUCAGGACUGGAGACAGAUGUGCCACUAGAUGUGCAAUGUAUGAUCUAUUGUUUCUCUAACAAACAUAUGAACACACAGGUGGGCUUAGAUUUGCCUGUGAUGUGUGUUUGUUAUCAGUCAGUCACAGUGACUCCUCUGCACAAAGUGAAGAGGGGAAAAGGUGGCCUGAUAGUUGAACACUACUCCACAGAUCCCAGGCUGCUAUGUGACAGUGGCCAACUGAUGCUAGAGGACAAUGAGUCUAAAAAUGAAUGACAAGAUAGUUUGAGGUUUUGUUAGUUUGAACAAACAGGUAAAGAAGUUUACUGCUCCGAGUGCCAUCAGAUUCACUUUAAGUGUAGAAAGAACGCCUGAAAGGAGAAAAAAAACAAAAAACCAUCACCUUUAAAGGUUGAACAGAAGAAAGAUUAUCUCCAUGACCAUGUGACCAAGUUUUCUUUUUUAAAUGAUGGUUGUUGCAUCACUGUUUGUAGGUCUUUACGGAUGCUACUGUAUGAAUGAUGUUAGGUGUUAAACAAACAAACUGUUCUUGUUCGAGUCACUCCAGUGCAGGAAGAUGAGGAUUGCAUUCCUUUUUGUGUUUGUGGAUGUUUUCCAGAAAAUUCCAUGAUCUUUCUUUCAGAAUUCCAGUGGGAUUUUGUGAGAUUUCUCUCAUCAUAACUAUGGUUGUGUAAUCUCCUUAAACAGACUUUCUCAAGUGUCUUUGGUGAUUCUAUGUGAUGUGAGCAAAUGUUCUCCUGAGGCCAACUUAAUCUAUCAAACAGACUUUGGGGCUGCUGUGUAGCUUGUCAUGUGUCAUGAUGCAUAGGGGGGGAAAAAAAAUAAAUCAAUCCUGCAAAGAAUAUGGUAAAAAGCUGUGUCAGGACACCCACCAAUUGGUUACUGAUUAUUUUGAUACAAAUAAGCAAGAACAGAUCUAGAUAAGGAUUUGACUGAGGCUCUAGACUGAAGGAUUUGUUCAGCAAUAUGAACUGUUUUUUCUUUAUAAAUGCAGUUAAAGAAACCUUCUGCCUAGCCCGUUUAUUUUCCUCCAGCUGCUGUAUUUCUGUACCACUUUGAAAUUAUUAGGAGGGGAGACAGUCCAGCUCUUUUUUUUUUUUUCCCAGUGUUCACUGAGAAAUGUUUUAACUCUGAUUUUGUUAAUAUCUUUGUCCUGAUAUCUACUAAGAGCUACUUUUAUUUUAUUGAGAUUUUAUGGUGGUGGUGGGGGGGUGGGGUUGUUAAUAUGAACGGAAAGAAAAGCACGAGAUGUUUUGGAACAAAUGGUGGAUAUUUACUAGAGGAGUAGUAAAACGCUGGGUGUGGUUGUACAGGUGGGGUCAAAGGGACAACCUGCAGUAAAUACAGAUUUUCUCUUUAGCCUUCCUCUGAACUUGCUGCUUCUUCUUCCUUUGUCCCAAAGACCUCCUUGCUGUUUUAUUUCCUCCAUCAGUAUCUGAGGGGACUGACUGUCCUCUACCUUGUACUAUGAUCAUAAAUCGUGUCAGAGCGGCCAUCUCACUGGGACAAAAGCAAUCUGAAAAAAAUAAAUAGUUUUCGGUGUUGUCGAGCUCGAAUGAAUUCCGAAUGUUGCAGCAGGUUCAGAGGAACGUCUUGCAUCUUUUCCCUACUGAUUCCACAUCAAUAGGGACAAAUAUGAGUGUCCCAGUUCAGGCUGAUACGUGUGUACCACUAUAUUGUGUGUCCUAUGUUGUGCUCCUAAUUAUACUUCUAAAUGGGAAAUAAAUGGUUAAUCCUACCCUCGGUCAUUUCUGCAGCCUAGACAGUCUCAUCAUGCUCCCAGCCUCCACCUGAAUGUUUACGUCUUGGUUGUCUUGUACAGUACAUGUAUAUAUGCCUAGGCUUACAUCCGUACAGUAUGUUGUUUUGUAUCAGUUCUGUAAUCGAGAGAUCCACAAUUUUGUGACCUUUUUUUAAUCAAAUGGCCAAAACAACAGGGCAAAAUAAACAUGUGAAACCUCA